UUAUAGAAAGAAAAAAAUAAAUUGUAAAAUGGAACAAAGUGAAAAUAAUAUUACGGGAAACAACAAACUUUUAUCUACUAAUAUAUUGAAAAAGCUACCAUCAUGGUUGGUAGAAAUGACUGAGAACGUUAAGAGAUUGAAUGUGACUGAUGAUUAUAAGACAUUGCAAAUAGAAAAACAUUCAAUACAUAAAGAACAUACAUUUGAACAAACUCCUUUAGAAGAUAAAACAUCUGUUUUAAAAAAUGAUGUUGAUAAUUUAUAUGGACAAUCUUACAAACCAUUUUUUACAAUUAAUAAUAUAAAAGAUGUCGAUGGUGAGAUUUUAUUACAAUCGUGCUCUAGUAAAUCACUUCCCAAUUCUCCCAAUCAUGAAACAAAUAUCAAGCAUACUUCCACUCGUGCUUUUUCUGCUGUUGUUGAUUCAAUUGAUCAAAAUUCUGUUGAAAGAGAUUUUAGUGCACUUGACAAAUAUAUGGAAAAAAGAAAAAUUGAUAAAUACUAUGACAAAAUUAAAUCUACAAGAUUUCAAAACAGUGGAAAAUACAAUUAUGAUCCGCAAACUCUUGAUGAUUUUGAGAAACAAAAUCAUGAUUAUUCUCAAUUAAAUAUAUUGAAAGAAGGAUAUAAGAUGGACAAUCAAUUGUUAACACAACAGGGAUAUAAAAAUUAUUCUAAACAUAGAAAUAAUGCUAUUAGAAAACAAGAUACUGAAAAUAAUUUACCAAGUGGAAUCAUUAAGAGAAGAUUAGAUUAUUUGUCUGGUUUAGCACCAGAAGAAACUACAACAAAUGAAAUAACAAAAUCAAAUUCAGUAUAUCAUGGUGAUAGAAAAAAUAGUGAACUAACAAGAAAAAAUUAUCAUAAAUUUGUUUCUUCAGAAGAAAUUGGCCAGAAUAACAGUACUAGUUCGAAACAAAAAUCUACAAAUAGAAAUUUGCCUAAUUGUAACUCUAGUUUUCAACAAAAUGAAAAACAUUCAAUUGAAGAUAGUUGCAGAGACUUUAUUGUACCUGAUCUUCCUUGUGGUCAACUGUUAAUCAUUGAUAUUCUCAGUACUUGGGGAGAUAAACAUUAUGUAGGUCUCAAUGGAAUUGAGAUUUUUUCUGAUACAGGUCAACUUGUAUCCAUAAAUAAGAUAUCAGAAGAUCCAUCAAUUAUAAACCAAUUAUCAGAACAUAAUGAUUCUAGUAUAUAUAAUAAUCUAAUUAAUGGAGUGAAUAGAACAAGGGAUGAUGCUAAUUUAUGGCUUAUCCCAUUUACAGAAGGAAAUCAUCAUUACAUUCAUAUACUUUUUCAAGAUAUUGUAACAAUUGCAAUGAUUAGAAUAUGGAAUUAUAAUAAAUCUAGAAUACAUUCAUAUAGAGGAGUUAAAGAUAUCACAAUUACAUUGGAUGAUACACUUAUUUUUUAUGGAGAAAUUGCUAGAGCAUCUGGAGACUUACAAGGCAAUGUUAAUUCUUUCGGAGAUACAAUUUUGUUUACGACUGAUGAGAAUAUUUUAGAAAUGGUAUCAAUAAAUGAUGAGAUGUUUACAAUUACGAAUGAUGAUAUCCUUAAUUAUGCAGAAAAAGAAAAAGAUAGACCAGCAACAGUAACAACUGCUUCAAAUAUAACAUUUGAAAGACGUAAAAGUGACUGCUCAGUUGGAAAUCGUUCAAAUGUAUCUAGUGGUAGUGAAUAUAAUGCAUUAUCCCUUUCCUGUAAAGAAAUUCAAUUAGUUAUUCUUUCAAACUGGGGUGCUGCUGGAACAGUAGGUCUUAAUGGAAUAGAAUUCAUUGGAGAUCAAAAUGUGAUUUUGCCAACAAUUAAUGUUAACUUAAAAUGCAAUUUAGAUAAUACAAAUCUUUUAAAAUUAAUUAACGGGUAUAAUAUAACAACUGAUAAAGAUCAUAUGUGGUUAAUUAAUUAUAUAAAUGUAAAUGAAGAAAUUAUUAUAACAAUUACAUUUGAUAAGGAGGUAUACAUCACUGGUAUGAGAUUCUGGAAUUAUAAUGCAUCUUUGGAAUUGUCUUAUUGUGGCGUAAAAAAUUUAUUUAUUAAAUUGGAUGGAAAACCAAUAUUCGAAGAAAAUUGUGAUAGUUUUUUAUUGAGAAGAGCUCCUGGAAAUUGUCAUUAUAAUUUUGCACAGGAUAUAAGUUUUAUUUGUCAUUCUGACAAUGAGUUAACAUUAUCAAAGUUUAAUACUUCUUCUAUUUUACUCCAAAAAGAGAUAGAAACUAUUUCAUUUAAUAUGGAUUAUGAAGUACCAUCAAUGCCACAGGGUUUUGUAUAUCAAAUAAUGAUAUUUUCAAGUUGGGGUGAUUCUUAUUAUGUGGGUCUCAAUGGUAUUGAAUUAUUUGAUAUUAAUGGUCAUCAAAUAAAAUUAAAUAAAAAUAAUAUAACAGCUUAUCCAGAAAGUGUAAAUAUAUUAGAAGGAAUUGAUAAUGAUGUAAGAACACCAGAUAAAUUGAUAGAUGGUAUGAAUGAUAAUAACGAUGGUCAACAUUCAUGGUUAGCACCAAUUUUACCUGGAGAAACAAAUCGUAUUUAUAUCAUAUUUUCUUAUCCUACAACUGUGAGUGCUAUAAAAAUAUGGAAUUAUGGAAAAACUAAAUCAAGAAAAAUAAAAGAAUUUGCAAUAUUAGUGGAUGAUAUAUUAGUUUAUAAUGGAAAGUUAAGUGAAAAUAAUGUACGUGAAAUGAUACAAUUUUCUAAUACCAAUAGUACAAACAAUAUCGAGUCAUCUUUAACUAGCUUGGAACAAGGAAGAUAUACAGUAGAUUUACAAAGAGCUACUUCUGGUAUAAAUUCUCUACCUGAUCCAAAUCUUAGACCUUAUACGUCUUUGAUACAAAUGAAAAAGAAACCUCAUUUUUAAAAAAUUAUUAUAAUAUAUGAUUUUUAAUUAAAUUUACA